CCUGCUUACGUACUUACUAAACUGUUCAGUUUGUAGGCCGUCACUGAAAACAUUUGAACCAGCGCAGAUUGCAGUGGCGGUUUCUACACUGAAGAGAGAAUUAGUUAUCUAUAAACUAAAAUUGUCAAUAAGGCCGUGCUCCCAAGCUACUGGACAGACAGGUACAACACCAACCCUGGAUAACAUUUCGUAUUCCAUUUUAACAACAUGAACCUAUCUUCCCACAUCUCUUCGCUGGGCGAAGAAUUCAGAUCUGAGGAUUAUGUUGAACCUCACUAUAAGGAAUGGUACCGUGUAGCUAUUGAUACGUUAGCAGAUGAAGGGAUUCCUGCCUAUGAACAAUUUCUAGCAAAGGAAGGACUGAGUGAGUUCCUGGCUGAGGAAGAGAUCUGUUUAAUCAAGGACAAUGUUCAAAAAUUAGCCCCAUCCAUUGCAACCUAUUAUCUGGAUGACCGUAAGGAUGGUUCAUCCUCUGGCACCUACUGGCCUGUUCAAUCUGAUGCAGAUGCUCCAGAUCUAGACUUGGGAUGGCCUUAUGUUAUUAAAGGCUUGGAGACACAAACCAAAAUCGACCUAUACUUUCAUCCGCCUCGCGAUAACUCGCCUACAAUCAAGGAAAUUGUCAGGAAGUUAAUAAAAAAUGGAAAACAGGUCAUUGCGAUUGUUAUGGACAUCUUCACUGAUGUGGAUAUCUUCAAGGAGGUGCUGGAGGCUGCUGCCAGAGGAGUUCCAGUCUACAUAGUGCUCGAUGACUCCAAUUUCAAACACUUUACCAUGAUGUGUGAGAAACAAGGAGUUCACCUUCAAAGGCUCAUGAACAUCAGAAUUCGGACAGUCAAGGGAUUAGAUUACCUUUGCAGAUCGGGGAGCAAGUUCCAUGGGAAGAUGACAGAGAAAUUUCUUCUGGUUGACUGUAAGACAGCGGUAUAUGGAACGUACAGUUUCAUGUGGUCCUUUGAGAAGAUAAACCUUAGUAUGGUCCAAGUGAUCACUGGACAUCUGGUUGAAUCCUAUGAUGAAGAAUUUCGGACACUCUAUGCCCGGUCUGAUAUCCCUGCUAUAUUUUCACCUGAAAGCUCCAGACUAUUGGUGGAUAGAAAGCAACCAUCCAUGUGGCAGCAUAACCAGAAUACUAAUAUCUACCAGCAUUCACUAGCUUCCUUGGCUUCAUCCUCUAGCCAAUACCAGCCAUUGAGUCGGCAGAAUCCCAAGCGACACACUCUUGAUACAUUGUAUCAAAAGUUGCAUUCGAGACAAAACACUCGUCUAAAUGAGAGGAACAAUGCUGACAAUAAAUUUAAUUCACGGAAUGCACAUUUUCGACCUCACAUUGCAAAUGGUCUGGAUGCCACAAACAGAAUCAGUCGCCUACAGACCUAUGAGAGAAAUGAUUACUGGAAGCGACACAGUUACGCUGGGGAGCAGCCGGAAACGUCAUCGUACCUCCUGAUGAAUAGACCAGCAAACCAAAGACCCUUGUUUCAAAGAAGUGACCAGAAUCUGCUCGAGGAAAGCGAAAGUGUUACCUCUUCAACUCGAGGUGAAUUCAUGUCCAGCACCAUCAAAAACGCUCUCGAUCGCUUAAAACAUAAGAGAAUAACACCGAACUUUGAAAGGAGCUCAAAUAUUCGGAAUACGUAUCAUGGGCCUAAAACUCUGAACCUGCCUUCCACCUACAAGCUCCCGACCCUAGAAAACAUGAAAAGGACGGGUUUGCGAAACUGGCGAAUUGAAAGCUACUUAAAUGAUAAGGCUGGGCCAGCAGUGAAUUCUAGCACUGAGUCAUUUGAUGGCACCGACCUGAAUACAACGGACAGGUUUGAAAACCCAGCAGGCCCCAGGAUGCAUGAAAAUUUAGAAUUAAUAAACCGAACCGAGAUUAAAACCAAUCCUAAUUUGUCAAAUUCCCGUCUGCGUUCUUCAUUGGUCUUCAAGACCUCUAUGAUGGGACAGGCUGAUGUCUUCAGCCCUAAUUCUGAAUCAACGGCUUCAACGAUUAGCGCAAACUCAGGGUCGACAACUCCUCAGGAGCAGACAUCGAGCAAUCUCAGGUAUGCAUGGAUGAUUGCCGAUAAACAGCGUUCAUCAGAUGAAGUGAAAACUCCGAGUGUGGCAGGUAUACAGCAACUGUCCAGUUAUUCACUGUCACCUCAAAAUGAAACUGGGGAGGUGAAUCAAAGACUUAAUCAACACAAUCAGAGCUUCCAAGCACACCAGACUGAUCAAAACAAGGCGUCAGAUUACACAGCUGGACAGGAAUCUGGACACUACACGCUACCCAAGACAAAAUUUCACUCCUCUUCUGCUAGGACUUUGUCAAUCCACUCACUAACUGAAACAAAGGGAAAUGAAUCUCCCAAGAUUUGGCAUUUUGGGAAGGGCAAAAAAAAUCAUGAGCACCCAACAAAUUUCCUUACAAGAAGUUCAGAGAAGAUCAAAUCUCUACUGAGCUUAUCAAGCGAUAAAAGAGAUAAUCAGCCGAGGAGUAGAGGGUCAGUUGCAUCCUAUAAAACAAAUAGCAGCACUGACACUUUAACCUCUGAGAGUGAUCAGCUAGAAAGGAGAAAAAUAGCAAAAUAUGCACGGAAUGAGCAAACGGAGAAGACACCAAGUACAUCAUCAAAUUCUGUGAACAUUCCAAAAUUUGAUCAUGCUGACAAACAAGAGCAAUUCAACACAGAUGGCUAUUUGCUUGCGAAGGAUGACACGAGGCUGGGAGAUGCAUCAGCUCCGAGAUUUGCCACGGAACAACUGGACAUAGGCAACACAGAACAUAAAUCACGUACCAGCCCCUCAUCUCUAGUGAGGAAAUUAAAACCUGAGGAAUCUAAGAACAAUAUUUCUACAACAACGACCACUCAACCUAAAGAGCACCGAGUUUACAGUCGUUUUGAGAAAGUUUACAUGCCGCAAACGAACAACUUGAAACCCAAGAGAACCGAGCCCACUUCUGUCCCAGCAAAGCCGGUUGAUAGCAAUAACACUUUUCCCAGUGAGCAGUUGCACCGUCAGUCAAGAUUCCCCUCAUACCAAGAGAAUCACGUACGCCAAGUAACCCACCACAAUGAAAAUAAGUUUGAAAAAUUUGUGCACAGAUUUGUCGGCUCAUUCAAAUCUAAAAAGUAAGAAGCCUUAAAAUAACUUGUUAGUAUAAUAAUAUAUGACUGCAGUCUCCCGAACUUCCUCAUGCUGCUAUUUUAAUGAGUGGUAACACAUUUUCUAUGAGAGGUACAUUGAAAUAGUACUAAGAAUGCACUGUUGCCAUCAUUACACCAUAUCCCAUGUAAUUUCAACAUGAAGGCAAACGUGUAACUUUCAAUGAUGGUAAACAUGAAAUAGUGAAACGUGAGUUAUUUUGGUUGAUUGCUUCAAUGCUUUCAAAUUUCUUUCAAUAAACAACCUCAGAAUUUAAAACGAUAUGAGCAUACAAAUUAGGAGCAGGAGUAGACCAUUCAGCCCCUUGUGCCUACCCUGUCUUUCUGUAUGGUCCAAUCUGCAGUCUGCAUUCCCAACUAUCCCUGAUAACCUUCUUCACCCUCACCCCUCACAAACAUUUAAGAAGAAACUAUCUACCUGUGUUUUGUUGAUAUUCAGGGGCUCUGCUUUCACUGUCUUUUCAGGAAGACUCUUGCCCUUCUGAGAAAAAAAAAGUUUUGCUUCAUCUCUGGUUUAAGUGGGUGAGCCCUAAUUUGUAAAAAGUGACUCCUACUUCUAUAUUCUCCCAUAUGAAGAAACAUCUUCUCCACGUCUAAUCUGCCAAGAUUCCUCAGGAACUUAUCUGAUAAUGGUUGUAUGAAUUCAUUUAAACACUGAAUGUCUUUCCUACUUUCAAAUAUCUAUGUUUUUUUGUACCUUAGAAUAUAAAUGAACAUUAAUGGAAAGUUGAGACUUGCAGAGAAUGCUCUCAAUUGCUGGUGUUUCUUGAUAAGCCAAAAAUGUUUAUUCUCAGGAUUGAACUAUCACUGGAAUGUUCAAUGUGUACAACCACUGAAAAUGUUUCAAUCUAUUAUUGUAUAAAUAUCUCAGACUUGUUAUCUGUAAAAUAGUGAUCAAUUCAAGACAAAGUUGAAAUGUUUUUAUAAUCGGUUCUAUAUUUUGUACGGUAGUAGCAUUUUGAAAAC